GAGAGAGAGAGAGGGACUGUGUGUGGACUCUGGUCUCUGAGGUUGUUGCAGGAGAAGGAAAUCAAGAGGCAUUUGUACAUGUUAGAACCAUGGAUCAGAGCUUGCUGAUUCCGGUGGUGGGAGCUGCUUCUGUGGUGGUUGUGUCAGCACUGUACUUCCUGCUCCGAGGCUCUACAGGAGAGAAGAAGAAGAAGCUGCCUGUGACUCUGCAGGACCCUACAGCCAAAUAUCCUCUCCCCCUCAUAAACAAACAGGAAAUCAGCCACGACACAAAGAAAUUUCGGUUUGGCCUUCCGUCUUCAAAUGUGAUCCUGGGACUUCCAGUAGGUCAGCAUGUGUACCUGUCAGCCAAGGUGAACGGCAGUCUGGUGGUCAGAGCCUACACUCCAGUCUCCUGUGAUGAUGACCAGGGCUAUGUGGACCUCGUGGUCAAGGUGUACUACAAGAACACCCACCCGUCCUUCCCAGAGGGAGGGAAGAUGUCUCAGUACCUGGACAACAUGGCGAUAGGAGACAGCAUUGACUUCAGAGGACCCAGUGGGCUGCUUAUCUAUAAGGGAAACGGACACUUUUCCAUCCGACCGGACAAGAAGUCAGAGCCGAAAGUUCGGAAAUUCAAGCACAUUGGAAUGAUCGCUGGAGGAACAGGUAUCACUCCUAUGCUGCAGUUAAUACGCAGCAUCACAGCUGACCCUGCUGACAACACCAAGUGCUCCCUCAUAUUUGCCAACCAGACUGAGAAGGACAUCCUGCUGAGGGAGGAGCUGGAGGAGGUGAAGAAGAACCAUCCUGACAAAGUUCAUCUCUGGUUCACGCUGGACAAACCUCCACAGGAUUGGAGCUAUAGUUCAGGGUUUGUAACCCAAGACAUGAUCAAGGACCACCUCCCCGCUCCGUCCAGUGACGCCCUUGUAGUCCUGUGCGGUCCUCCACCAAUGAUCCAGUACGCCUGUCUGCCAAAUCUGGACAAGCUGGGACACAAGACAGAGAACAUUUUUGCAUACUAGAGUUCUGAUAAACUACACAUGCUGUUAAUGAACUGUAAUCAUCCAAUGUCUGCGCCAACAACCUGUGUGAACACUGCUGAAGGGUGUGGGCUCACCUGUCUGUAGGAGACCUCACCUCUGUGAAACCUGUACCCCAGAAUGAGCAGGCCUGCAUUCACCUCCAUUAAAAUAAAGACUUUGUUACUUAAGGAUUCAAACACUGA